AUGAAACUCGAUGUCAGCCUCCAAAGGAAGAAGAGUGAAGAUUCAGAUGAAGAAGAUCUUUGCGCCAUCAGUGACAAAUGGACGUUUCAAAGACUCAGUCGCCGAUGGUCUCGGGUGGAUGACAUCGAUACGCUGUUCAGGAGAUCGGAAACUCUUGGGUCAUCCGGGGACAUGAAAAACACAACAAGUAGUGAAAGUGUGCUGACCGAUCUCAGUGAGCCCGAAAUAUGUUCUAUUCACAGUGGAAGUAGCAGUGGAAGUGACUGCAGAUGUUCGUAUGUUGGAAAUAGUGCUUCUCGAGAGGCAUUCGAGUGCAGUGACACCAUGUGUGUGCCUGACUCCAACUCAGUUAACCUUUUACCUCCAUACUGGCCAAAGGAUAUCCCAGACGGUAAACUGAAUGCAAAGACAGAGAAAUCUACUCACACAAAAGCAAAGAAUCUUCUGAAAUGCAUGGGAACCCUCAGAAGCAAAGGCUCACAAGGUAGAUUAAAAGGAUCACCAAAAACUGGAGGUUUAAUAAUUAGCGAGCCUAUCCUGCGAAUGGAGCCAGAGUCACUCAAAUCCAUGAACUGCCUUCAGAUAGGUAAUGGAUUGGACUCUUCUACAGACCUUAAGGUAACUGGAAAUGUGGAUAUGAAAUCAGAAACAAGGACUGUCGAUGAGAGUGCUUUACAUUUAAAAGAGGUUCGUGAAUUAAACAAGCGAUCAGGUAUGUAUCUAGAAGAUAUUGAUCUUUUCUCAGUGGCUGGGAUCCGAGCUAAAUCUGGACAGAGCCAUAAGAGUGAAUUUCAUUCACAAGAGGAUCUGGUUGUUCAUAUUCCAAAGGACCAUAAACCUGGUACAUUUCCGAAAGCUUUGUCAAUUGAAAGCCUUUCUCCUUCUGAUAAUCUUUGUGGGGUGAACUGGCGAGGGGGAAACUUAUCUCUAAGCAGGCAAAAGGGACUUGGUGUAAAAGACCCAAUAGUUGCACCCUCUCGGUGUCCAAGAGGCAGCAGGCUUAGUGUAUAUGAUAAUGUUCCAGGCUCCCACUUGUAUGCCAGCACUGGUGACCUCAUGGACUUGGAAAAAGAUGAUCUUUUUCCACAUUUAGAUGAUGUAUUGCAACAUAUUAAUGGACUCCAGCAAUCUGUGGAUCACUGGUCGAAAGAUGUAAUGCCAGAGCUGCAAGAUGAUGACUCAUCAGUUGUGGAAUCUGGAACAUCAACUUUUCAUUUGCCAAACCCAAUGGCACUAGACUUUGAAGGGAAUUCAAUUUCUGAUGGAAGAACAACUCCAAGUGAUCUGGAUCGGGAUGCUGCAUCCCUUAAUGAAUCUGAUACAACAGGAACACGAGAAAGAAGAGAUUCUGGUGUGGGUGCAUCCCUUACAAGGACAAGGCGCCUGCGAUGGCACAGUUUCCAGAUCUCUCACCAGCUGAGCCAUUCGUUGGCUUCACUUCAAAUCAGUAACCAGUCUGCGGGGCAGCUCAAUCUACUACAGAAAUUCUCACUGCUCCGUCUGACAGCCAUUAUGGAGAAAUACUCCAUGUCAAACAAACAUGGUUGGACUUGGUCUGUACCAAAGUUUAUGAAGAGAAUGAAGGGUCCAGAUUACAAGGAUAAGAAUGUUUUUGGGGUACCACUGAUGGUCCAUGUGCAGAGAAGUGGCCAACCCUUACCGCAGAGUAUUCAGCAAGCGAUGCGCUACCUUCGCAGCAACUGCCUUGAUCAGGUUGGCUUGUUUAGAAAAUCCGGUGUUAAGUCUCGAAUUCAGGCCUUGCGCCAGAUGAAUGAGAACUGUCCAGAGAAUGUAAACUAUGAGGACCAAUGUGCGUACGAUGUGGCAGAUAUGAUGAAACAGUUCUUCCGCGACCUUCCAGAGCCCCUUCUCACAAGUAAACUGGGAGAGACUUUUCUUCACAUCUACCAAUAUGUCCCCAAGGACCAGAGGCUUCAAGCAGUGCAGUCGGCCAUUAUGUUGAUGUCAGAUGAGAAUCGAGAAGUCCUCCAGACCCUGCUGUGUUUUCUUAAUGAUGUAACCUUAGUAGAAGAGAAUCAGAUGACCCCCAUGAAUCUUGCUGUCUGUUUGGCACCAUCUCUAUUCCACCUCAGUUUACUGAAGAAAGACAAUUCGCCGAGAGCCAUACAGAAAAAAUAUGCAACCGGAAAACCAGACCAGAAGGAUCUGAAUGAGAACUUGGCAGCUACACAGGGCCUGGCACACAUGAUCAUGGAAUGUAAUAGACUGUUUGAGGUUCCACAUGAGAUUAUAGCACAGUCACGGAAUUCCUAUGUGGAUGCUGAUAUCCACCUACCCACUAUGGAGGAAUUGGGGAAGCAAUUGGAAGUGGAGUCAGGGAGCAUCUCUGCCUACUUUGAUAAUGUCAUUCAGAGCCUUCAGAAAGAGGCCAGGGAUAAGUUUAAAGGAUGGGUCUCACUUUCCAGCACAGAGAACACUGACGUGGCUUAUAAAAAGGUUGGAGAUGGAAAUCCUCUGCGGCUCUGGAAGGUGUCAGUGGAGUUGGAGGCCCCUCCACCGGUUGUGCUAAACCGAUUAUUGAGAGAGCGCCACCUAUGGGAUGACGAUUUUCUGCAGGGAAAAAUAAUCAAAACUGUCGAUAACCAUACAGAAAUUUACCAGUUUGUUAUCAACAGCAUGGCUCCCCAUCCUUCUAAGGACUUUGUGGUUUUAAGGACGUGGAGGGCGGAUUUGGCAAAGGGUAUGUGCAGUUUGGUGGCGAUGUCUGUAGAGCAUGAGGACGCCCCUCUCAUCGGAGGAGUGAGAGCAGCUGUAAUGGAAACACGGUAUCUGAUUGAGCCCUGUGGAUCCGGAAAGUCCAGACUCACCCAUAUCUGCAGACUUGACUUGAAGGGCCAUUGUCUGGAUUGGUAUAACAAAUGCUUCGGACACAUCUGUGCAGCAGAAGCAUUGCGGAUUCGCAACUCCUUUCAGUCCCUUACUACAGAAGGACCAGAGACAAAAAUCUGA